GGGUGACAUGAGUGCUGGCGCAGGUGCUGAGCACGGAUAUUUCUUGCUGAAUUUCAUGGAUAUCAUCGUCACUAGACUCGAGAUCGAUCUGUGCGCAACACAAUGACAUUAAUACCACAGAACGGCCGAGACAUGUUUGACUGACGAGGAAAAUGACAAAAAACCACCAUACAUGUUUGAUCGCAACUGUCUCCCCUGUCUUCUUCUCAAUGGCCUUGUAGACCACGCCAAAACUACCGCCUGCGUCACAGUCAGUUUCCCACGUUCCAGGGCAGGGCAACAGCGCAGCGCGCACUCACGGCCGAGCUCCUCCAGCACCUGGUAGUGGUCUGCGACGCCUUCGUCUGCCAUUGCGCCUCAGCCCACACACGCGAUGGUGGAGUAUUCGUAGGGUUGGGUCUGCCCUUGGUCGCAAAUCGAUCGGGGUGAUUAGAUAGGCGCGAGGCGGGGAUUCAAGGUUAUUAAAAGCAACCGAACGCAACCUGGGUCCUGGGCUGUUGUCGCCUUUCCAAACCGAACCUUGACGGUCCUAGAGAAGUCCUUGGGAAAAAGGAGAAGGGAUGGGUUGGGACGGGAGGGACCGGAGGCGGAGAAAGCGAGGGAGGGAGGAGGGAGUUCGGACGGUUUUCUUUCUUGUCGAUGGGAUCCUGGGCUGGACAAGAGGAAACAGCGCCCGCGUUGCGCCUGUGUCAGCCGUUUGCUAUUAAACCCCUGGAUCUGGUGUUCUCAGUUGGCGGCUUGGUUGUCCGGGUGCUGCGUUUGGCGGGCACGGGCCAUUGUUUACUUAAUGAUCUAGCGGGAGGUAGGGCGGACCCUGGACGAGUUUCGGAGUGCCGCCCGGAUCUGCAGCGGCGUUGGCGUUGUUGUUGUUGUUGGUCGAGAUACGAAGACUGAUGAGAAGAUGCUGUACCCGUCCAGUAGCAGGGCGGAUGGGGCCAGAAUCAUGGUGUUUUUUGAGUGAAUACUCCACGUCUGGGAUAGAAAAGUGGACGACGGGUCGAGACAGUUCUUGAAGAACCGGCGUUUCUUUCUACUGCGCAGCUUGCAGCGUCCUGCAUUCCACAGGCUGCAGCUUGAGGAACAGCGCGCUAAGGGCCAAUCACUGGCACCCUCAACCAAACGCCCGGCACUUGGGCGGCAUGCUACCGAAAAGCCUUGCUCAGGUGGGGUGGUGGCCGGUUGCCCCACGCAACGACACAGCUGGAGAGGGAGCUUGGGCCUUGCUUUCGACCGCCCUUGGGGGCUCUCACCAGCCGUCUCCAUUUGCUGAGAGAUCCUUGUUCCGCCCUGAACAAAAUGCCCGCCCGGCUGUUACCCUUCAUCUGCGUUUGCUAUUACAACUGAACUCCACGAGCACCUACAUAGUGGGGGAAACUAAGGCCUGGGAUCCCUUCGCCUGUGUUCCAUUCUUUCCUGUCCGUCGUCGUCGUCACUUUGGUUGUGGUCGCGUGGUGAAGUUGCUGCUGUGAAGUUCCUUGUUUCUGUUGUCCACUGGUCCUGGUCUGGCGUCUGCCCUGUCUUGGCCUUGGAUGGCGCCGCUCCUCGACAUCUCCACAGCUGCUUCCCAGCCUCCAGGCGAGUUCGAUUCUUAGGCCGGUGCCGUCAUUAGCAUUCAUUCAUUCAUUCAUUUUGGCGCGCAACAACCUCCUCUUGUGUACCUGCAUUUGUAUACAUACGACGACUUGUGCGGGCACCGCAACUCGAGCACUCGAACGACCGCGGCACCAUUGUUUGCGCCGAGUCGCAGCAGCGACGACAAUCGACAUCAAAUCACUGUACAGGGGCACUAACCAACCGCUGCGUUAUUGUACCUGUCACUGUCACUGCCGCCUUGGACGACUCGAUUGAAGAUUCGCAAAAAUGGUGCCUGCGCCAUUACCAUUACCAACGCGCUUCCCGUGCUGGGUCAGGGCGGUUUAUUCUUGGGGAGGAGAGAGCAAGCGAGAUCUUGGGUUUAUUGAGGGAGAUUUAAUUGAAUGUCUGAAUGCCGGCGAUGGCUCGUGGUGGACAGGUCGUCUAUUUCGCGACAGAAGAGCGGUCGGACUGUUUCCUUCUAAUUUUGUCGAAGUAUUGCCAGAGACAUUUCGCCCAACGACGAGGUCAACCAGCCCCUUGCCAAACGGUAAUACACCAAGUCCAAAGCAUACGCCACAAAAAUCCAGGACGUUUCGGAAACCAUUCGAGGCUUAUGCAAAAGCGCCGCAUUAUACGACGGCAAAGGUCCCAGAAACGUUCCGAGAUGGUUACAAGAAAGAAGAUGCGAUUCCAGUCGCCCGAUCCCGCGAUACAUCGGUCAACUCGAUGGACAAUACCUCCCCAGUCCGCCCAUCUACUAGAAGGCAACGAGAGAUUUCGCCGGCACCCCCUUCGAAUUCCAGUUAUAAUCACCGAGCACCCUCUCCCGCUCCAACUCACCACCAAAAUUAUGGGUCAAGAAGCCCUUCACCUAUGCCGGAAUAUCACCAUGGUGGUUCUAGGGCACCAUCUCCCGCCCCUCCUCAACACCACAACUACAUCUCCAGAUCUCCGUCACCGGCACCACCGCAGGAUGUGGGAUACAACCCGCGCGCUAUUUCACCCGCGCCACCACAUCAUGGUAACUAUGACAUGAGGGCCGCUUCGCCAGCUCCCCCACACCAGGGGGGUUAUGAUAUGAGGGAGGCAUCACCAGCGCCGCCGCAUCACGGUGGCUAUGAUAUGCGGGCAGCUUCCCCAGCACCACCGCAACACAAUGCCUAUGGCAUGAGGGCAGCAUCGCCAGCUCCUCCCCAACAUGGUGGCUACGGCAUGAGAGCAGCGUCUCCAGCACCUCCGCAACAUCAUGCCUACGAUUCAAGGGCGCCAUCUCCUGCGCCCCCACAAGAUGAUGGAUUUGACCCCAGAGCACCAUCACCCACUCCUUCAUACAUCCCUUACAGGCCUCCCGAGGCGAGACAACAGAGCUCUUUCCACCAGAGUGUGGAUUCGACAAUGCCAUCCGGGCCACCUCUCUCCCACCGCCACCAUGUACAUCAUAUGAGCUUAGAGAGGCACAACUCUCCAGCACCUCCUCAGCGUGGGAGACAGCACACGUACCAUCUAAGUCUCGACCGAAACAUUGAUAGGUCAGAUUCGCCUCCUCCACCACCACCGCCUCCCCACCGAACCAAGGUCACGCGGCAGGAGUCUCAGUUCUCUCAGGAUGAAGGUUACUUUACGGGCAUUUCCAGGGAGCAGUCAGCACUAUCGAGAGGAAAUUCCAAUGCUUCAUAUGGACAGGGCAACGUUUCACGACAUCACUCUAACGCGUCCUACGAACCACCACAACAAUCAGGUUUUCACACGCCGAGGACGCUUACAACCCCUUGCCCGCCCUCUCCUGGUAUCGAUGGCCUUACACCAUCACCGCUUAGAGAAGCGAUGGAUGAUGUGAUGGAGCAGUUGGAUGCUCUCGGUGCUGGUUCCACUGUCAGUGCCGGCCGUGAGCCAUCUCCAGAACCGCCUGUGUUGGACCCUUGGUCCCCUGCUUCGUUUGAUAUGGUGCAUGCGCGUUCAAGAAAGGAGCGGAAGCGGACCUCGCAGCUACGGCCCAAUACAUCAAUGGGAAUACCAGCUCAUAUUGACGAGGGGUAUGAAACAAACAGCGGUACGGCCGACUCGUCUGUGGAACCAACGCCACUCGAAAGCUCUCAAGAACCACAUCUCCCGCAGCUCAGCAACUAUGUCGAGCGCAUGGAAUCUAGACUCAGAACUAUGCAUCAGCAUAAUGCUAGCGUUACUGAAGAGGACGAAGCCCCUCCACCGCCACCUAAGAGCAGCGUGUAUGACAGGCCAAAGUCUUCCAUGGGUAUGGAUGCCCCACCGGAGCAAAAGUUGAGGCACAAGAAGUCGGGCUAUGAAGGCGUGGGCCGGAAUAUCCUCAACAGGACCUUUACCACCAAAACCAAUUCAACAAAUAGCUCAUCGAACACGCAGAGUACCGAUCGGAGCUUGAUGAGCGGUGUGUCAGCUGGAGGAAUCAGCGCAACGAGCGCCGGCAGCCUUGCACGCAAGAAUCGGAGUAGGGCCCACAGCGCGCUUGGUUUGCGGGAGCUUCUAAACGACGCUGAUAGCGGUCGGCCUGAGACGCCCUUUUCAGGAGUGACUUAUCACAGUAGCCACGCGUCUGACCACCAGAAUCAGCAACAGCGCUCCAAGUCACAGUUGGGCUUCACCGAGGAUCCCAUGCCUGCGCUUCCCGGUCUUGGAGGUCUGGUAACACCCAAGCCGAAGAAGCAGAAUUUCAUCAAGCGCAUUCUGGAGUCUGCCAAGACGGGAGUGGCCAGCACGCGAGGAAGCAUCGCCGCUGCUGGAGCUAGCACCUCCAACCUUUCAUCCUCGAAUCGCUCUACACCUGCCCUAACGUCAAUGUCUUCUGCCGCGUUGCUCCCUAGCAAGAUGCCACCCCCCAGGGACAUGGGCAUGGGUGGCGGCGUUGAUUGGGUGCAGGUUCGUCGUGAUAUUAACCGGUCGAAUUCGCUGAGCUUCAACGAAAAGGUGGAGAGAAAAGAAAGAUGUCAGAUGUUGGAUUAUCCAGCGCUUGAUCCAGUCGACGAGCUGUACAGCAGUAUCGACGGUGAUGAGGGGGCUGAUGGGAUGCCGGUUGCUGAGCCGACCAACUAUCAUGCCAUUAACUUGAGCCAGGUGGACAAGAACUCGCGGUUCCUGACGAAUCUUGCGCCGACGACCACGGCCAUCACCUUGGCGACAACAUUCGUCUGCCGUCCCUAUCGGAGUGAUGUCCAGAGACUGCGAGCCAUCUUUACUUGGGUUGCUGAGCAUAUCUGCUGGGAAGAGGAUUUUGAGGGCGAGGUUGAUACUAGACAGGUCAUUCAGUCCCGACGUGGGUGUGCCGAGGAGUAUGCCGUGCUGGUGUUGGAAAUGUGCGCCGCCGUCGGCCUUGGCUGCGAGGUUGUUCGCGGCUACCUCAAAACUCCGGGAGAGAUUCCAGAAGUCAACAUCAUGCCCAGAUCUAACCACUGGUGGAACGCUGUCCUGGUCGAUAAUGAGUGGCGCUUCAUGGACUGCUGCCUUGCCAGUCCAUCGAACCCUAAGCGUGCCUUGUACUCGAGCCACAGCUCAUCAUCCGCCGACCCUUGGUGGUUCCUCGUCCGCCCAUCCGAGCUUUGCUGGACGCACAUCCCAGAGCACCACACCCAGCAGCACCUGUGCCCACCCGUGGCCCACGAGACGCUCCUCAAUCUCCCCUGCGCUUGCCCGCCUUUCUUCAAGAACGACCUGCAAAUGGUGGACUACAACACCUCCCUUGUCCGCAUCGAAGAUCUCGAGAUGGUCCAUGUUAAGUUUAAUGUGCCUCCUGAUGUCGAAGUCGCCGCCGAGGUUGAGGUCCGGGCUUACUCCCGAGAUAUGGACGGCGACCUUUUUGAGUCUGGCGAUGUCGUAAAGAAGCGAGCUCUCGCCCAGGCCGACUGGCAUGGCGGCGUGAAGCGGUACACGGUCAAGGCUCUCCUCCCCGGCGACGAAGGAACCGGUGUCCUGAAAAUCUAUGCCGGCAAGCGUGGGUUGAUGCACAGCAUCAAGGACAUUCCCCAUCCCUUGGCUUUUGCCCUGCCAGUCAUCCACACGGGCGAAAACCCACCCUACGAAUUCGUCACCCGCCACCCCACCCCCCACGCGCAAAGACAUGACAUUUACGUUGUCCAACCCCAGUGUCAGCGGUUAGCACUGAACAACACGUUUGUCUUUGCCAUCCGUCAACAUCCCAGCUCGGCAGCCAUCACGCCCGUGUCCCCUGCCGAGGAAAACAGAAGGGGAGGCGCGAGCCCGAUACCGUUUAUGCGGCCUGGUAGUGCCAUGAGCAUGACUAGUAGUGCGGCUGGGUCCAUGCCGUCGACGACUACAUCCAACAGCAGCGGGGGCAGUAGCAAGCCGGCGAAACUGGCGAUUCAAACCCCAGGAGGAAAAAUCUUGAGGUUGAUGAGAAAGGAGGAGAGGAGAGGGGUGGGAAUCGCGGGCAAGAUCAUGUCGCCCAGCUCGUCGGGGUUGCACAGCGAGGAAGGGGUGGAUGCGGGGGAUGGGGGGUUGUGGGAGACGAUUAUCAAGUGUAGCGAGCGGGGCGUCUGGAGGGGGUUGGUGCUUGCUGAUCGGACGGCUAGGUGGUGUGUUUUCGCGGAGUGGGUUUGCGAGGGUUAAGCCUUUCUUUCUUCUGUCCACCUGAUAUAUACGGCUCCCGGUUUGCGGGCCCAUAAUAUGGGUUGUUUGAUGAAGUGUGUUUGGAUUUGUUGUUGGAAUAUACACGGGUGGAAGACGUAGGUGUUAUACAAAAAAGCCAAAGAGCAGGGUUUGUUUGACUAUUUUUUGUCUGGAACAUAUAACAUAUACCAUGGUUGUUGGAAGGGGUUGUGUGGUAUAAGCAAAGGGUUUUUUUUUUUUUGGUUUCUUUUUCGCUUCACACAUUAUAUCAUUAUUUUUGUUUGAGAGAGUGAAGGGGGGGAAGCCAAAGCCUGGGAAAUGUGGGAAUUUGCAUAUAGGGAUGGCGUUGUAUCAUUAGGCGAUUUUUAAACUUUUUCGACUUGUGGUUGGUGGCUGCAGGAGAAAGAGAUAUGUGUGUAUCUCUGGUGUGCAGAUACUGUUUGUUGUAGUGUGUAUGUUUGGGGAAGAGAAAAUAAUGGUGUUUGUAUCUUGUGCUUAGUUAUAUACCAUGAAAGUAAUUGACUGAUUCUGACACUCGCCCAUGUUGAGAGUAGGUGUCAGAUAGAUGUCUAAUAAUUCAGCAACGAGAUUUUCU